CACUGCAAUCACAACAGAAGGGAUAGUAGCUUGGUGCAGAGAAGACCCAGAGCAUCUCCAAAAUGAGCAAUUGGAUGGUCAAUGAAGGUCUUUCUAUCAUAGUCAUACUUGUGUGGCUGGCACUGAAUGCCUAUCUGUUUUGGAAUUUCUAUCAAGUAUAUGAUGUUGGUGAGCGAUAUGUUUAUUCCAGGCAACUUUACGGGUCAUUCCUGGCGUUGGCGAGAGCUCCAGCUGCCUGCUUGAAUUUCAACUGUCUACUCAUCCUCCUGCCAGUAUGUCGAAAUCUCCUGUCUUUCCUGAGAGGAUCCAGUGCGUGCUGUGGAAGAAGCAUCAGAAGACAGCUGGACAGAAACCUUACCUUUCAUAAGCUGGUGGCAUGGAUGAUUGCUUUACAUACUGCUAUCCAUACCGUGGCACAUUUAUUUAACGUGGAGUUACUGGUGGAUGCACGUGUAGAGGCUAAAAAUGGUACAAUACAGGCAGUUCUUACUGACCUUGGUGAUGGAAAAAAUGAGACUUACCUGAACUUUGUCCGCUCUAAAGUACCUAACCCAAUUGGUGGGAUCAAUGUUGCUUUCACCUUCCUGGCUGGUCUCACUGGGGUAGUGAUAACAUUGGCCCUGAUUCUAAUAAUCACCUCAUCCACAAAAACUAUCCGCAGGUCCUAUUUUGAGGUUUUUUGGUAUACGCAUCACCUGUUUGUUGUCUUCUUUAUCGGGCUCGUCAUCCAUGGUGCUGGGAAAAUUGUCAGAGGACAGACAUUUAAAAGUCUAGAAGACCACAAACCAGACAUAUGUAUCCAUAAUUUUACUGAAUGGGGUCCCACCAACCCAACAUGCCCUACACCACAGUUUGCAGGAAAUGAACCUAUGACCUGGUUGUGGGUGAUUGCCCCAAUGAUCCUCUAUGCCUUUGAAAGAAUGAUCCGGUUUUAUAGAUCACAGCAGAAAGUUGUUAUUACAAAGGUUGUUAACCAUCCAUUUAAAACAUAUGAGCUACAGAUGAAAAAGAAAGGAUUUAAAAUGGAAGUGGGGCAAUAUAUUUUUGUUCAGUGUCCAAAAGUAUCCAGCCUGGAGUGGCAUCCCUUCACAUUGACAUCUGCCCCAGAAGAAGACUUCUUCAGCAUUCACAUUCGAAUUGUUGGAGACUGGACAGAAAAAUUAGCUGAAGUUUGUGGAUGUAAUAAGACUGAAUUUCAGGAUGCAUGGACAUUGCCAAAGAUGGCUGUGGAUGGCCCCUUUGGGACAGCAAGUGAAGAUGUCUUUAGCUAUGAGGUAGCCAUGCUUGUAGGAGCUGGGAUUGGAGUCACUCCAUUUGCUUCUGUGUUGAAGUCAGUUUGGUAUAGAUACUGCAGUGACUCAUCUACUCUCAGGCUAAAAAAGAUUUAUUUCUACUGGCUGUGCAGAGACACGCAUGCUUUUGAAUGGUUUGCUGAUUUGCUUCAGUCUCUUGAAACACAAAUGCAAGAUCGAAACAAUGCUGAUUUCCUGAGCUACAACAUUUAUCUCACUGGCUGGGAUGAAAGUCAGGCCACUGCGUUUACAUUGCAUCAUGACCAAGAGAAAGAUGUGAUCACAGGUCUAAAACAAAAAACCUUGUAUGGCAGACCUAACUGGGAGAACGAGUUUAAAACAAUUGGCAGCACACACCAGAGUUCUCGAGUGGGUGUUUUCCUUUGCGGCCCAGAAAAUCUUGCUGAGGAUCUCAGCAAACAAUGCAUUGCAAACUCCAGCGCUGAUCCACGGGGCGUUCACUUCAUUUUCAACAAAGAAAACUUCUAAUUUCUGAACAUAAUCAUUUAUAACAAAAAAUGCAGUUGUGUCUAUAUUUUUUACUUUAUAUUUUUUAUUCUCUUUACUUGGCUUUUCUUAGCUGUGCAUUUAAUGCAUGUAGGAAAGUUGUCUUGCAUGGAUUAUUUACAAAUGACCAGAGCUAUAACCACAACAUACGUGUUCUUUGAAAUCCGUGUCAUGCCUGACCUAUUGGAAACUAUUGAAGAAUAAAUCCCCCCC